AUGAAAGAAUUAGUGGGAAGAUCGCGGAAUGAAAGGAAGCUCGAUGGAAUUUACAAUAAGCAAAGGGACGCACUCCUGCACCAGUACAAAAAUCAGAGAGAAAGGAAUAAUGACAUAUAUGCGAAUUUAAACAAAAGAAAGGCCAAUGAGACUAUUCCCUUCCCAGAAAUAUACGAGAAAAAAAGAAAAAAUGACAAACCGAACGUGGUGGACACCCCCAAACAGAGUAAUAAAAAAGGAGGAGGCAAUGUAACAGGAGAAGAACAGGUGAACCAACUGAACGACGCAAAUGCAAAGAACAAACGAAGUAAUAACAACGUUACUCUAUUUAAAGGAAUCCAUAUGAUUAUAUAUAGAUAUAUUUUUUCAAAAAACAAGUUCGUCAAAAGUAUAAACUUAUUCAUAAAUCUCUGCAUUAAUUAUCUUAAUAAUAAAAAUAAAAAUGUUUUUUUUUUUGCUUUUGAUAAAAUAGUGAAAGUUUUCCUUCGAAAUUACAUCCACGAUGACGAUGGACAGACAGCAGCACACAGCAUCUAUUCCGUUUAUAGUGAGGACGAGCUGCACAUAAAAUGCAUGGUCUCUCUGUUUGACAAGGUUAUAAACAGAAUUAUAGACAAUCGUUUCCAAAUAAGUGUGAAUGCCUCCGAGGCGGAGGAAGCAACAAAUCAUGUUAGCUACUCUGCCAACACGGAUGGUGCGAUAAACGCGUCCCCCGAGGGUGACGGGGUUACUGCCUCCACGCAGCAGAAUGAAGAGGGGGAGAUGCCCAACCAAGCGACCCCCCAAGCAGCGGAACAGCCAAACACCAUUGUUCUGACGAAGCAGGAAAAAAAAUAUCUCAAGGCCCUUAAAAUUAGAGUGUACUACCUCAUCAUUUUGUACAAGCUUAAUGAUAAUUUUAUUUUCAACAAAUUGAUCAGUAUAUAUAGACAGAUUUGGGAGGAGCUGCUGAGCGAGUAUGAGCAUUUUGAUGAGGUCGUGUGUGAGGAGAGGAGGAAGGCCGCAGCGGGGGGGGAGAACACCACAGCAAGUGAAGCAGGUGAUGCGAUGAAUUCCACUACCACCUCCGAUCCCGCUGAUGGGGCACACGAACUGGCGGACGACGAGAACUUCCUACACCUCCAGGACAAGUGGACUCUACCCGACGACUACGAACUGUUUAAGAUUAAACGAAGUGCAUUCGUUAAGUGUAUGUCUAAAGUGUUUAACUUUAUUCAUGUCAAAUGGGCCAGCACCUUAGUGGAGAGCCUGCUGCUGGAUGUGUAUUUUAAAAAACACAUUUUUGAUACAUGUGAUGAAAUAGUCAUUGAGAAGCUUCAAUCCGCAGCCAAAGUAAAUAUGAACAAAAGAAAAAAUUCUACUCAUUCACCCCAUGUUUUAUCCAUAGGAGAAUCCCUAAAUCCGGUGGUGGACGCUCGGGCAGAGAAAAUCGUGUCCCUCCAUGGUUCGCACGUUUGGUCCACGAAGCAGAUGGAGCGCUAA